GAGUGAGAAUGAUAAGCAGAACAAAAUAUCGAACGAGAGCGUAAAGUGAGAUAUCGGUUGUUACGAUACAUACAUAAAGUAUAUAUUGUAUUAACUAACAAAAAAAAAAUAAAAUAAUCUGGUUGAGUCCACCAGGAUAGCCUUAGGACGAGCAUCGUUAACUCGAGGACUGCCGUAAACGUGAACAUUUUGACCGAGUCGCUAUCUCGACGUAGACACCGAAAUAUAUGUAAAUGCAGGCGAUAUAAAUGAAAAGAAAAAAAAAAGAAAAAAAAUAAACACGUACACACGCGAAGUGAGAAAGACUGCAAGAUCGAACUAGAGAGAGACGUAAGAGAAACAAGAGAAAUCCAUUUGAUCGAGACGACAAAGACAACUAGAGUAACGACGAAGCCGAGAGGGUCGAGUCGAGCGUAUCGAUUAGAAGCAACGAUCUCCCCUUUUUGUUAUCACGAAAAUGAAACUCGAGACUAAAAGUUAAAAAGGAAAAAAAACCGAAAAACCUACGGAAAAGAAAAGAAAAAAAAAAGAAAAUAUUACAUAUACACGCAUGGCCGAUGCUCACGUUCGACCGAUCCUCCGACCUCUUCCAUUACACACCUUUCAGUAGUGAUUCGUUAGUUCUGAGCUACUCUAUGAAUAAUACAUUAUAAUUACAUAAAUAUGCAUACAUACAUAUAUAAUAAAAAAAAUAAAAAAUAAAAAAAAAUAUAUUUUGGCGGCACGGUCAAAAUUCGUCAAUCCUCGAGCCCUCGAGCGGGGAUUAAAAAUACGUUUAGAUAAUUUUGUCCUGGGACUAGCCUGGACGGUUACAGAAUGCGAAACACGUACACGUACACGUACACGUACACGUACAGAAACACGUACAGAUCAUGCACAGAGAAAACACAUACACGUAAAAAACACAGAUCCGUACGGAAAGGGACAGUACACGUACAUAUACACAUAUACACAUACGAACAUACAAACAUACAUACAUACAUACAUACGGGACAUGACGCUCGACAGAGACAAGAGAAAAAGAAGAAGAAAUAUAAACAAAUAGAUACUGGAUUAAAAAAAAGACGGUCACACAGAGAUAGGACACACGCCUGCGCGAGCGCGUAGAUAGUUAAUCGAGUACACAUUAUGUGCGCAUUAACGUUUUGGUACUGUAAAGCACUGUCUAACGCGCCUCUCUUUAUACGUAACACACGUAUUUCUUAAAUACUUUAAAAAUAAAUAAUCCAAUACCGCGGUGAAGCCUCUCGAAGCGAUUUUUACGCACUGUUACCGGCUCUCCUUGCUCGUCGUUGCCCGAUCGUUGUCACGUAGGCGAUCGCACGCACGAUUGUUACUACUUACACGAUCAAAUUUGUUGCUUCUUCAUUAAUGACAACAACAACAAUAUCGAUCGCUCUCUUGCUUUCUAAUUACAAUCGCGUCCAUUUCUCUCCCUCGCUCCCACAGGAGAAUGGACGUAUCCAAUUUUUGACGAUAACGUAGCCGAUCGUAGCGUGAUCGUAGAUCAUAGUGAAAUAAGCAAAAUUUGGAUGCGUUUCAAGCUCUAUCAAUUACGAUUCGUACCUAUCGACAUUCUCGUUACGCAUGAAAAGAAAAAAGAAAAGUAAAAAAAAAAAAAGAAAAGAAAAGAAAAUAAAGGAGGAAACCAAAAGAAUUACAUAGAGAUAAUUUUCGAAUCUCGACGAUCGUACAACGACGCGAGGAGAGCGAUGGCGAACCCGUGACGGUGCGCCGACUGACACGUUUCCGGACGGUUAAAUAUAACUUAUAGAACGAAAUUAAGAGAUGCAUAAUUAUUCUGCCGAUUAACGAGUAAGUGCGUAGAAUUUAUUUAAUUGUAGAUAAAGGGGGAAAAAAAAAGAGAAAACGAACGAACACGUACAUACACAGAAUCACGUACGCGCGAGUGCAAAUAUACAUCUUAUCCAUGAUCGUUCACGACCUACCUAGACACAAGACACACAUGCACACUACCACUUCCACGUCCACCUUCACCCAUCGCCACCACCAUCACCACUACCACUACCACUACCGUACACAUACACGUUUACUUACCCUCCCACAGAGAGAACGAGAAUGUGUGAGAGUGAAUGAAUAAGAGAGAGAGAGAGAGAGAGAGAGAGAAAGAGAGAAAGGAAGAUACAAAUGCGUGAGAGAAAGAAAUCUAAAAAGUAUGAGAGAUAAACGGAAAGCGAGAGACACGUACACGAAAAAAAAAAUAAAUAAAUAAAUGAAUAAAUAAAUAAAUAAAUAAACAGAGAAUAAGGCGCAACACGUACACGCGCACGCACGUUGCAAUUAGACGUUAUUAUCGCAAUUUGGAGUUAAAUUUUAUAAUAUAUAAUAUAUAAAAAUAUAUAUAUAUAAUAAAUAAAAGUUGACGGAUAAUAUAAAGUUAUAUAUAUAAUGUCUAAACGAAAGGAGAUCGUAUCUAUUUGAGGGUGACGUAAGAUGUGCGCCGUUUCAAUGAUUCUGCUUUUAACCCUUUUGUACGUUAUACAUACACACAUGGCACACAGACACACACAAUGUCAUAAACACCUACGAAAGCGCGCGCACUACCUAUAUCGAUUUUUAAACGAAACGAGAGAGAGAGAGAGAGAGAGAGAGAGAGAGGGAGAGAGAGAGCGAGAGAGAGAGAGAGAGAGAGAGAGAAAAAGAGAGAGAGAGCAUCACAGUUUUCGAUGUGAGAUACGUGCGUCGCUGAUCUGAAGACUGUCCCGUUCACUAUACGAUUUGUUUUGAAACGCUUUUUAAUGGAGUAAGAUCUGUAGAAUAAUAUAAUUUUGAGAUCGUUCAAACCCAUUUUAAUUUUUCAUUAACAAUAUCUCGUUACUUCUCUACGUUCUUUUUUUUCGUUCGUUAAAGAGAAUCUAACGAAACGGUUUUCGAUAUCGGUUUUCAACGUAUCGAGUCCUAAAUCUUUAGAUUAUCUGCAGCAGAAUCCUUAGAUACUCCUGCGUUGUCUUUAAAAAAGUUCCACUCGCGUCUUUUUCUAUGUUCGUGUCGUAUGAAAUAGCAACGCGUUUCAUUCGCGACUCGAUUAAAAUUUUUUUUUUCUUUUUUCUGGUCUUUUUUUUUCUUCUUUUUUUUCACACGUGUCCAAACGCAUUGCAGGAUGUUCUGAGAAGAAACACAGGAAAAACUCAAGACACACGAUGUAUAGCACUCGAUAUACGAUCAACGUCCACCAAGUAUAUCCCUGUUAAUGAAUGUAAAUGUCUUUUAAAGAGAGAGAGAGAGAGAGAAAAAAAAGAAAAGAUAAAGAAAAAGGUGGGUAAUCUCUUCAGCUUCGGAGCUUCACGACACGAUAUAUCGACGAUGAUAAGUGUUACAAUCGCUUGGCUUCAGAUGUUGCAAGUAAUAGCGCCGCUUGUAUCGAAUGUUCUCACUAAAAUAACUUAAUAUUCCUAUACCACAUCCAUUAGAUAUAUUUCGUGUAAAUAUCAGGCACCCCAGGUACACGGAUCGACUGUGAAUGAAACUCGAUGGAUGGAUAUUAAUCAUGGAAUAUCGAAGUGCUGAACUCAGUAAAUUUACAAAUCGAAUAACGUAACAUAAAAGAGAAAAGAAUAUAUUAUCCUCAGGACAUCCUGCCGUUCUACGUAUAUUCCAAAAAAAUAUACGUAGCAAGAUGUACGCGAUAGAAUCCUUUUAAUCUCGACAAAAUCAUCUCGUACAUCCUAUUAUUAUCGUUGCAUGAUCUUCGGCCCCUCAAAAAGCGACGAUCGACUUUGAGCUCGCGAUCGCCUCGAAGUUAAUACAACACAAAAAAGUAAUAAAAAGAAAAAAAAGUAAUGAGUCUAUUUUGCGCGUAAACUUUAAGACUGCGGAUAUAUGAUGCACUGUGUGAGAGCCGGUCUUUCGACAAAAUUUCUACUCGUUCGACUUCGUUGCGGAUAUAUCUAUCUAAUAUACGAAACAAAUAAAAACCCUAGCGAAUAAAGAAAAAAAGCUAGACGAAGGGAGAAAGAAAUCUCACCAGGAUCCGCGAGGAUCAUUAUCGUUAGUAACGGAAGAAACGACGACAGCAUAUUAUUAUAACGACGAUACGAUCAGCUUAGAUCUUCUUAGGCGGUUCUACGCGAAAAGACGCAGUGAUCAAAUACACACACGAUUAUAGUCACAGGAAAGGACACAUAGAAACGGAAGCUCAUUCUCAAAACGAUUCGGAGAGACUGCAACGUGACCGGCACUCCAUCCUAGGAUUAUCCCUCGAAAUUAACGUCGAAGAAAGAAAGAACGAGAGAGAGAUGGGGGAGGGAGAGAGAUAGAGAGAGAGAGAGAGAGAGAGAGAGAUAUGUACGGUUUUACGUCUAAAGACAAAUUUUUAUUAGUACCUUGAAAGAAAAGAAAUUACCGGGGUCCUCGAAUUAUAACUAUUGUUAUAUACAUAUACAUAUAUAUAUAUAUAUAUACCUUUAAAAUGAUAGAUCUCCGAGAGAAAUUCGUAUCGUAACCCUUUGUUUCUUUUUUCGAUUAGACGCAUAGACGAAUUAUGCGUGUGCGAAUGGCGUUGAGUGGAUGUGGUAUAAGGAUAUUUAUACGAAUCAUGCGAAACGAAAGGGAAUAUCUGUAGCGCGACAAGCGAGGAAACCUGGCUUGCCGGUCGCGCACGCUAUGUCCUUUCGUAGGAUUAUCGGGAAUUUUGGAAUUGGGAGAUACUCAUGGUUUACGUUUUGAAAAUACAUUAUCUCGUUAUAAAGUGUUAGAGAAUGAAGAAAUGGCUGAGACUUUAAGCAGCGCGAUCGCAGUUAUAUUUUAAUAGGGUUUGUAGAGAAUAUCGAAUGAUAUUUGUUGGACACGCAAGAAAGGGGAUCGUCGUGUGGCCUUCGCAGAAAUCGUUAGGAUGAUGUAAUAAAAUGGGAUCCCAAGAAGAAGAGGAGCGUUAACUUUUGCGGAUAGAAAAAGGAUAGAAUAGCGAACGUUUAACAAACUUUUUCAUGGAAAUCGAAAAGCUCGAAUUCACGGAGAUAGGUAGAAAUCUAGAGCGAUACGAUGUAUAGGCGGAAAUAAAGGGGAUAAUGAGUUAUGCCGUUGUCCUCGUUAACACUUUUUGGUUAAGAGGCACGAUGAACGAAGUAUAAACGACAUGUAAUAGCCGAUGUCACUCCGUGUAAGGACGAAAUACAGUCAUUUUUUACUACUAGAAUUGUAACGAAGCUGCGUCAACAAAGUUUAGCUCGUUUCGGACGUCGAUCUUUUGUUUAGACGAAACUUUUUCUAACUUUACUUAAUUAACGUUUCACCACAAAAGCAGGAGUAUCGUUUUUUCUCCUAAGUGAUCUAUAUUUCCAUAGUUGGUCCAUUGUAAUCGCUUAUCCAGCUACUUCCUUUAAAUAAACGACUGAUUGGCGUUAUUAUCGUUUCAUCAUCCCUAAUUAUAACGCAAAGGUAAGAAUCGCGUUAAAAAUGCAUGCUCCUUUGAUCAUUCAUUAUCGAACGAUAACCAAUUUCUUUUAGAGCACGUCACGACAGAUUAAUAUACACUAAACGACUAGUUCUUCUUCGAUUUCGAUUAGCGUAUCCUUCAAUGAUGAAUUUCUCUAAGUACAACUAUAUUUUACAUCGUUUCUUUUUCUAGCGAUGAUAUAAGAUCUGUUUUAUACGAAACACUAAGAUAGAUCAAUCGAACGAGAGAACAAAUAGUAUAAUUCUAACGUAACUUUCUUGCAUCCUGGGGAACGAUAAAUAUGAGCUACGAGGAAAGAUACUGCAGGCUAUUCCCCUCGAUGCCUCACUGUUCGUUAUUUUCUGAUUUGCAGCAAACACAUUUGAUACUCUCAGCCUCUGAGACUAUUGUAGAAUCUUCAAUAAACGUUCAUCCCGAUGAAGAAAUUUGUUAAUUGUAUGCUAACUAAAAACCUAAAUAAACCGCCAAACCCUGUGCAAUAAAUUAAACAAACAAAAAAUUGUUGCUAAUAAAUCUUCAUUUGAAACAA